CUGCUGAAGAAUUUAGGAAGAGAAUCAAUCAAAACUGUGCCAUUCUUGCAACAGCCAUGCAAUUAGAAAAUAUAUCUGGGUGUGGUUCAGUAGUAGACCAAUUUGAAGCUAGACAAGCUGAUAGUCUGCAAGAUGGUAAAAGAGAUCAAAUGCAUAAUAGUUUAAUGAGUAUGCUCACCCGAGGUCUGGAGGAGACAGUUGUUGCAAGUUGGGAUGACAUAGAAUUACAUUCAUCUCAGUCCUUGGAGUCAAAGAAUGACCAGACUGUCAGCAUUGGAUAUGUAGGAGAUGAAUGGGAUGAAGAAUAUGAUAAGGGGAAGAGGAAGAGGAAGAAGAUAAGGGGCUCCAAGCACAGCUUUAGUGGACCGAAUCUUUUCCAAGAAAUUGCUACCGAGAAAUCCAAGUUUAAAAGGGUAAAGUUGGAUCAAUCUAGCUCAGGGAACCCGCCGUUUAGGAUGUCUGUGGACUUUUUGUAGCAAUUGUCGAUUUGUCAAACGCUGAAAGUGUAGUGAAGA